GCGGCGGCGGCGGCAGCGGUUGGAGGCCGGGCGGUUUGCGUGAGCGGGACCGAGCAGAGGCCGAGCGACCCGGCGCCAUGGUGGAGAAGGAAGAGACGGGCGGCGGCAUCAGCGAGGAGGAGGCGGCGCAGUAUGAUCGGCAGAUACGCCUCUGGGGCUUGGAGGCCCAGAAACGACUGCGAGCCUCCCGAGUGCUGCUGGUGGGGUUGAAAGGACUCGGGGCUGAAAUUGCCAAGAACCUCAUCCUGGCUGGAGUGAAAGGGCUGACCCUGCUGGACCCUGAGCAGGUAUCUCCAGAAGACCCUGGAGCUCAGUUCCUGAUCCGGACUGGGUCUGUUGGCCGGAACAGAGCAGAAGCCUCUUUGGAGCGAGCUCAGAAUCUUAACCCCAUGGUGGAUGUGAAGGCGGACACCGAGAACAUAGAAAAGAAACCUGAGUCAUUCUUCACUCAGUUUGAUGCCGUAUGUCUAACUUGCUGCUCCAGGGAUGUCAUAGUUAAAGUUGACCAGAUCUGCCAUAAAAACAGCAUCAAGUUCUUCACAGGAGAUGUUUUUGGCUACCAUGGAUACACAUUUGCCAAUCUUGGAGAGCAUGAAUUUGUAGAGGAGAAAACCAAAGUUGCCAAAGCUAGCCAAGGAGAGGAGGAUGGACCUGACACCAAGAGAGCCAAACUUGACUCAUCAGAGACGACUAUGGUCAAAAAGAAAGUGGUCUUCUGUUCUGUGAAGGAAGCAUUGGAGGUGGACUGGAGCAGUGAGAGAGCCAAGGCGGCGCUGAAACGCACUGCGUCUGACUACUUCCUCCUUCAAGUGCUACUGAAGUUCCGCACGGACAAAGGCAGAGACCCGGCCUCCGAUAGCUUCGGGGAAGACUCGGAGCUUUUGCUUCAGAUCCGCAAUGAUGUCCUGGACUCCCUGGGGGUCAGUCCUGACCUGCUGCCCGAUGACUUUGUCAGGUACUGCUUCUCGGAGAUGGUCCCCGUGUGUGCUGUGGUUGGCGGCAUCUUAGCCCAGGAGAUCGUGAAGGCUCUGUCCCAGCGGGACCCUCCUCACAACAACUUCUUCUUUUUCGACGGCAUGAAGGGGAACGGGAUUGUGGAGUGCCUUGGCCCCCAGUGAGCUGGCCUUGGCAGCCUGGAAGAGUGUGUGCAGCGUGCCCUGUCUCCCCCCACAACCCCAUGU